AUGCCUCCAGCUGGGCUGGCCCCUCGUCCUUCGCUUCAUAUCCUGUCAGGAGCUGACUUUUUCCUGUUGCCGCUGCUUCCUUCCUUCCUUUCUUCUGGCUCUUAUCUUCGUUUAACUUUCUACCAUGUUAUGGCCCGUUAUCUGUCUGCCCGUGUACGUGUCCUUCGUGUCGGUGUGUGUUCGGUUUCUAUGUGUGUGUGUGUGUAUGUGUGUGCUUCCUCGUCUCUGUUUGCAUUUUUGAGCAAAUCAAGUGAAAUUACAUUUUUCUAUGCGAUGCUCUUAAUGUUAUUUGCAUACGUAUCCUGCAGGCUACAAUAUUUACAAAUGAAUGCAGUCCGGUGCCGUUCGCUUGGUCCUUGGUCCUCGGUCCUUGGGGGCUUGGUCCUUUCGAGAAUCAGACAAGCGGCUGUUGAACCAACCACCUUAACUGCCCAACUUCCCAGCAGACCAACCGUCCAGCCGAACUAA